CGUGAAAGUCGACGACGGAGGGCUAACGUUGCGGAUGAAAACUGCGAUCCGAGCUGGGAGAUUUUGAAAAGCGCAGGCGUGCAACGGCUUUUGUGUCCGCUAUUCCGAGUGUCCUCUAUUCCGAGUGCUUUUUUUUCGAGUGUAGUGGCGGAGUGGAGCAAAAUCAAACGCAUUUCGCGCAUAAUUCGUGGAAUUUUACACAUUGUAAAUUCAGUUAUUGUGCAAGUUGAGUUCUGGCUAAUCGCUAAACAGUCCCUUGCUGUGCGGCCAACAGUUGAGAAUUAUAAUGCAGCCACAUUGAGCGGGCGCACGGCAAACAAAACUCAGAAACAACAUCCCAGAGUCAACAGCAAUUACAAGGCACUAGUCGGAGGAAGAGUGACCACCUCGGCACCAGGAUGUCGGCUGCCACGCACAUGGCAAUGCCGGCUCACGCCGUCGUCCCGCCGCCCGGAACGCCCCCUGUGCUGGGGGGCAGCGGGUGCUCCAAUCUCAGCCUGCCGGCGGGCAAGCGCGGCCACAAGCGCAGCGUUUCGCUGGAGAACAACGCCCCGCUGGCGCUGCGGAGCACGCCCAGCCUGGGCCAGUCCUCGCUGGGAUCGCCCCUGCUGCAGUUUGGCCAGGGCGCCAAUCCGGGGGCAGGCCACUCGCAGGCCUUCCACACGGGCACCCUGAAGUCCCGCCAGGAGCAGCGCAGGCUGAGCCAGAAGUUCGGGAGCCACAGCAACCUGGACGACGAGGGCGUGGGCAUCGGAGUGGGCGGGGGCAUGGGCCUCCAGAUGCGCAGCAAGUUCCAGAACAUCCGUCAGAUGUUCGAGCUCAGUCGCAGCUGCGUGGGCGGCGGGGGCGGUGGCUCUGGCGGCGGAGGGUGUGGCGACGGCCGGGGAGGCGGGGCCGAGGAGGAGGCGAUGCAAUCACUGCCGGCAACACUGCCGCAGCAGCAGAGGCGGACCACGCCCAUCGCCGGCGGAAGUCGCCCGCAGCAACAGCAACUGGGCGAGGCGGAACAGACCAGCGGCAGCUUUCUGCGACCGAUCGCCUUCAAGCCCAUUCCGUUCGAGCCGGACUAUCGCAUCGCCUGCCAGCAGCAGCAGCAGCACCAGCAGCAACUUCAGUUGCAACAGCAGCAGCAGCAACUCCAGCAGCAACACCAGGCGCUGCCACUGCCGGCGGAGGGCGGGCCGGCGGGGGGCGGGGCCGAGCGGUACGGCUACGGAUCGACUCCGUCACUCGCUCCACUGCCCCCCGCAUCAGCCCAGAAGUUUGGCAGUACCACCGAUCUGCGACACCUGGCCGCUCGGCGACGCAAUCAUCGUCUGCUGCAGCGCUGCAGCAACGAGGAUGCCCUGACCCUAGACCUCCUGAGCACAGGGAGCCACGACAGACCCGAUGGGGCCAGCAGCAAGAGCAGCGGCACAGUGGUGGGCAGCAGCGACCUGACGCCCUCGCCCUCGGACUCGGGGAUCUCGGAACUGGAGGCCGCUCUGAAGGACCGCGACUCGGAGCUGUCGUACCUGCGCCAGGCCAUGGAGCACAAUGAGAAAGUAAUUUUCCAAGUCCAAAAGGACAAGGAGGUGUACUGGGAGCACGAGACGCAGCGGCUGCGGCUCUUCUACGAGGGCCAGCAGCGCGAGUGCCAGCUGAAGCUGCGCAAGAUGGAGCAGCUCCUGGGGCUGCAGCAGUUCCAGCUGAAGCAGCACAAGCUGCGCCAGUCGGAGCAGGUGCAUCGGCUGCAGCAGCAGCUCGACCUGGCCCGGGACGCCAGCCAAGGGCUGCAGCAGCAGGUGGACGCACUGCGUCACCAGCUGGAGGACAGCGAGUGGCGUGUCUGCGAGCGCAACGGGGAGAUAGCUUUACUCAAAACGCAGCUCAAGGAGGCGCAUCUGGAAAUCAACAUGAAGGAUCAUGCGAUUGUCAGCCUGAAGCACAGCAGCAACAGGAGCAGCAGCACCAGCAACAGCAAGUCCUGCGAAACAACCACAAGCCAAAGUCAACCAAAGCAGCAGGCGAAGGAGGAACAGCAGCAGCAGCAGCAACAGCAGCAACAGCAGCAACAGCAGCAGGAAUUGCAACAGCAACUUCAGCAGCAUCAUAGCCAACAGCAACAACUGAAUCAUCAACAACAGCAGCAAUUUCAGCAGCAGCAACAGCAACAGAAGCAGCAGCAACAGCAACAGAAGGAACAACAUCAGCAACCCAAUCAACAGCAGCAACAGCAGCAGGAACUGCAACAGCAAAUGCAGCAAUUUCAGCAGCAGGAACAGCAACAGAAGCAAGAGCAACAGAAGCAAGAGCAGCAUCAGCAACAGCAGCAACUGAAACACAGCCAGCAGCAACGCAAGCCUCCCAACCAGCCUGACCAGCAGCAGCUGCAGAAGAUCAUCACCCUGAAGGAUCAGGUGAUCGGAGCCUUGACCAGCGAGCUGGCAAAGUUGCGCAAGGAGCUCUCCGACCUGGCCAUUGCCCAUGAGUACGGCGAGGAGCCGUGUGGCCGCUACACUCGCCUCAAGCAGCAGCUGGACAACCUGAACGAGAUCUGCCAGAAGACACGAAAGUACACCACUUCAUCUGCAUCCAUGACCGCAUCUCCUGCAGUUCCGGCUGCCAGCCAGGAGCUGCCGCUGCCCAAGCUGGAUGUGCUGGUGCAGCGAUUGCAGCUGGACCAGGGACAGGCUCCGCAGCAAACGCUGGACACCCUGAUCGAGGAGUCGACCACGUAUGCCGAGGACAUAGCCAAGCUGCGGCAGAAGCUGGACGACUUCCGGCUGAACCUGGAGCUGGAGAAGCGCCAGUGGUGCGCCGAGAAGGACAAGGUCCUGGGCUACCAGAAGCAGCUGCAGGCCCACUACAUCCACAUGUACCAGAAGCUGCGCUGCCUGGACACCAGCCAGGGAGGAGCACCCGGCGGCGCAGUGGAGGCCACCAAUGGCAACUGAUGGGUGUUCUAGGAGGAUCAGGCUAGGGUGCUAUCGCCACCGGGGCAAAAUACUAGGGAUCAAGGAAAACAAGUCUUUGAAGUGCACCUCUUUGCAACAGCUGUUUUCAAAGUAAUACCGUUGUGCACAACAAAACAUUUUGGUCAAAUUCAUCAAUAUAGUUAAUGGUCAAUUUGACCAGCGAAAUAGUUACUCUCCCAGCAACAAAAUACACACAAUUUACCAUUUCAUGGUGAAUACGUAACUAUCCGUAUUGGUAAAUUUCGCCCAUACACUUUUAGUGUGCUUUAAAAAAUGUUUAAAAAUAUUUAUAAUAUCUUUCCGGUGGUAAACAUACUUAAUCACAAUCUAAUUGCUUUACUUUUUGACUAGAACAUAACUAUAAGAGUUUAUAGUAAUGUUCUACAUUCGCAUAAAAUUAUUUAAAUUUAGGAGCUUUUGAUUGUUUUUAACAACUGACUUGUCUCCGAGUACCUGGCAAUUAAAAAAAAAACAUUUCUAAAGAUUUGCAAGUUAUUUUGAACUCAGCUGUUGAAAAACACAGCCCUAUCAGAUCUGUGUUUUAAAAAUGUGCCCAAAUUAUAAAUGUUGUUCAGUUUCACUAAAACUUUUUUAUAGCCCCAAAAUAGUACGGUUACCCACGGCAAAGAAAUCCAUACAUGGGAUUCAUUUUAAAAUAACUUGCGCUUUAAAAAAGUCAACACAAACGUUUUAGUAGGGUGACAACCCUACCCCCCCUUAUAGAUGUCGUAGUACGAACUCUUCUCCUAAGUGACCAGUGAGCUUCCACACUUUCCUCCCCUGGGCGAUAAAUAACACACGAUUUCCGAUAUUACUGGAGUUGAUAUAUACAGAACUCUAUCAAAUAUUUAUACAAAAUAUGCAUAUUUAAUUUUUUUGUUUUUAAUAUUUUACAAUAUAUAUAUGUAUACUU